AUGGCACGAGUCAACAAGGCAAUUAUUGGUACAGGAAUAAACGAUUUGAAUGUAUCAACAAAAAUUAAAGAAUUAAAUGAAGCUUUAAAGCAUGUAUCAAUUGAACUUUUUGUUGAAAUAGACGAGACUUUGAAAUAUCAAAGAAACAUCGAAAAUGAUACACAUCAAACAAUCUUAGAAACAGAACAAAUGUAUCCUCAAAACAUUCAAGAUUGUAAUAUAAAUCCAAAUAGUAAAAGUACAUGUGUUUUUGGAUGUCAAGAUCGUCAAAUACAAUUUACACAACACGAUUUAAAAGGUUCGCAUAUGAUUAUCGGAGACACGAAUGAGCGUACAGUUCCAAUUAUUGAAACAAGUGUGGGAACGAAUAAAAAAGAACUAUUAUCAGAAACAUGUAUAAAUUCGGAUAAAAAUUACCAACCAACCAAACAACAACAACAACAAGAACAAGAACAAGAACAAGAACAAGAAUCCAUCGGUCAAUCGUUACAACACUUUGAUUAUGUAUUUGGAAACGAUACACAAAUAGUUCACAUCUUGGAUGAUGAUAAAAGUGGUGGAGAAGAAGAAGCGACUGAAUACGAAGAUAGCGAAUGCAGUGACACCAAUGAAGAGAACGACACGAGAGUUCGUGAUAUUAUAUUACGAGUUCAUAAUAUUUGGAUGAGUAUUUCCGAUACUAUUACUCAACCAAACACAGAAAAUAAAAAGAUGGAAAUUGAGACAAUGACAAAUGAUUGUGAUCAAUGGAAGGAUGAUAUUGAUAGUGAUGACGAAAGAAAAAUUUCCAGCGAACUGAAACUUAGAAAUGAAAAUGAAAAUUUGGAGAGAAUGUCUUUUUAA